AUGAAGGAAUCUGAUAGUGCAAGGUGGGUGAGUUUGAACGUGGGAGGGAAAAAGUUCUGUACAACAUUGGAUACCCUGAAGAGGCAGCCGGGGUCCAUGCUCGAUGUGAUGUUUAGCGGGAAGUUUGAUCUCCAUGAGGAGAACGGGUACGUGAUGAUCGACAGAGAUGACAAGUUAUUCAGCUAUGUUUUGAAUUGGUUGAGAACCGGAAAUCUCCCGGUUUUAGAAGCCAGGAUGUAUGCUCAGUUAGCACAUGAAGCUGAUUACUAUCAGCUCCCUGACAUGAGGAAUGAUAUUAAGGAGACUCUACUGCAGCUGAAUGCGAAUAUGAGCAGACGAGAUGUCUUGUCUGGACCUUUCAACGUGAAGUUGGAAAAUCCAAAUUUCUCCGACGCAUGCUUGCAUCGGGUGAACUUCAGUGGAGCAGGGCUGGAAUAUGCAGUGAGGAGCAACUGCGAUUGCCCCAAUUCGAUCUUUGACGGUGCAAGCUUGAACAAUAGUAACAUGUGUUGUGGGAAUUUCUCGGGAUCAUCAUUUAUUGAUGCUAAGUGUCAGUCUGCAGACAUGACAGGUGCCAAUUUUACAUCUACAAUUCUCACAGGAGCGAACCUGACAGAAGCGAAUCUCUCAAAAGCUAAUCUCACAGGUGCCGAUCUGAGAAUUGCAAAUCUUACAGGUGCCAAUCUAACAGAUGCAGAUCUCACAGAUGCCAAUCUGCAUGAGGCAACAAUUCAGUGA